GUUGACUCCUGACGAGACACUGAAUCUUCUAACUCUAUUAUGAUUUUUAAAGCAUUAUAACUAUUUAUUUGAAGAGUGUGCAAUAUUAUUGUGUAUAUCUCACAAAAUAUGGAUUAUUAUCAACUUUUCUUCGCUAUUGGCGCCGUGGUGCUGGCGAUCUACUACUAUUACACUUCGAUCUACAACUAUUGGAAGAAUCGUGGCAUACCGGGACCAAUACCAGGCCCGUUUCUUGGAAACUUUUGGAACGUUAUCACUAGAAAAUACGCGACGGCUACACUUGUGAAAAAUUGGUACAACGAAUUCAAACAUGAACCAGUUUUCGGAAUAUACGAGGGAACGAAACCGCUUCUCGUUAUCAACGACCUGGAAUUGGUUAAAGACGUUCUCAUCAGGGACUUUUCCUUUUUUAUGGACCGAGGGUUUCAAGUAUUCGAAAAGAUAGAGCCGUUGGCACAACAUCUGUUUCUUUUGGAAUCUGAAAGAUGGAGGCCACUAAGAUCGAAACUAUCACCAAUAUUUACAUCUGGCAAGCUGAAAGAGAUGUUUCCUCUUGUUCUGGAAUGCGCGGGAAAUUUAGAAAAGUUUCUAGACAAAGUAGCAGACAGUGGAGAGCCAGUGGAUUGCCGUGAAAUGUCUGCGAAAUUCACGACCGACGUGAUCGGGAGCUGCGCGUUUGGGAUCAGCAUGAACGCGCUUGAGGACGAAGACAGCGAAUUUCGAAGAAUGGGCAGACAAAUUUUCACUGAUUUCAAAGUACUGGCUCGGAUCGUUUGUAGACAAUUAGCACCAUCUCUGAUUAAAGUAUUCGGCAGAUGGCUUCAAUCGACGGAGAUUGACAAUUUUUUCAUCGGUAUAGUGCACGACACGAUGGAAUACAGAGAAAAGAAUAACGUUCGUAGGCCUGACAUGAUUAAUAUGCUUAUGGAACUGAAGAACCAUCCAGAUAAAGUGAAUAGUAUUGAAUUAACCGACACGUUGCUUGCUGCGCAAGCGUUUGUUUUCUUCAUUGCUGGAUUCGAAACCUCAUCGUCGACGAUGGGACAUGCUCUAUAUGAGUUAGCACAGAACCAAGACGUCCAAGAUAAACUACGACAAGAAAUUAGAGACACGUAUAAGAAAAACGGUGGAACAUUGACAUACGCAGAUAUCAAAGAAAUGAAAUAUUUGGACAAGGUGUUCAAAGAAACACUACGAAAGUAUCCAAUAUUGACGAUGUUGACUAGACGAGCAAUGGAGAAUUACACGUUCAAAGGAACAAAGAUUACCAUACCGAAAGGAAUGAAAAUAUGGGUACCCGUGUACGGAAUUCAGACUGAUCCCGAUAUUUAUCCCGAACCAGAAAAAUUCGAUCCGGAAAGGUUCGAGGACGAUGCUGUUGCUGCUAGGCACCCUAUGAGUUUUCUACCCUUUGGCGAUGGACCAAGAAAUUGCAUUGGUGCUCGUUUCGCUCAUAUUCAAAGCAAGAUUGGUCUGUCGACGAUUCUACGCAAUCACAAGGUCGACGUUUGCGAGAAAACCACGAUUCCGUACGAACCGGACGAACGUGCCUUUUUGUUAACGUUGAAAGGCGGCGUGAAUUUGAAGAUAACCAAAGUGCAGAGUUAAUGCAAUAAUUGCAUCCUUUUAUCGUAAUUAUUAUAAUCGCAAUUGUUUUAAAAGUUUAUUGUUGUGCACGGAUGUUUUUAUAUAAUAUAUAGAGAUGUAAAUGUAUCUAGAUGUUAUGUAUCUGUAUUUUCAAAAAUUUCAAGCUUUCAGACGUGUAUCUACGUGUCAAUAUCUGUCUUUGUAAUUUUUUAUUCCAAUGGGACAAAUGCUUGUCCAUGAUUGAGUUAUGAAAAAAGUUUAUUUAAAUAUAUUUUAUAUAUAUAUAUAUAUUUCUUGUAACAAUA